AUGGUUGAUUGUGAAUUUCGAGAUGAUUCGGAUUGUCGUUUCGCUUCGGAUGACAUUAACAAUGAUGAAGAUAUAUUAGAUGGAAUCGACAUACAAGGAGGAGGGUUUGUGGAGGCAAUCACUUCUGAGUUGUUAUUAAGAAAGGUUAAAUCUGACGAGGAAGCAUAUGAAUUGUAUAAUAACUACGCAUUCAAGCAUGGUUUUGGUACUAGAAAAGGAAAGAUAGCAUAUAGGGCUGAUGGGAAGACAAUUCGACAACGCAUGUAUUAUUGUUCUUGUUCUGGGUUUAAGAAUAAAAAAAACGUUGAGCCAAAGGCACUUAGUAAGAAAGAUUUUCGAUGUGGAUGCAAAGCUCUUGUCCAGUUUGAUGUUGACAAAGAAUCUGGUUUAUAUAUUCUUGUCAAACAUGUUAUGGAGCAUAACCAUUGUAGAAUACCUAUUUCUAAAAGGCACUUGAUAAGGUCUCAUAGAAAAGUGACACACGACCAACUUGCUAUGCUUAGUAACUUGACAGAAACAGGAAUACCUAUCGCGGAUGCAGUUCGUGUGUUGAAAAAGGAAGCUGGAGGUGAAUCUGUUCUGGGAUUCAUUAAGAGUGAUGCUUAUGAUGUGCUAGCUGCGCAGAAGAAAAAGAAACUUGAUGGUUGUGACUCUAAACAACUCAUUAAGUAUUUCAAUGAGAGAAAAGCAUAUGAGGUAGACUUCUACUAUGACUUUGAGCUGGACGAUGAAGGUCAUCUUGAGUGCUUUUAUUUUCGGGAUAGUAGGAUGAAAAUUGAUUAUGACGCAUUUGGGGAUUUAUUGGUACAUGACACUACAUAUUGUACUAAUAAUCUCCUUUAUAUGGUUGUUCAAUACCUUUUUGAAAUCUAUGGGCGGGAAGCAUCCGGUUACCAUUAUGACUGA